UCGUAGAGUGCAGCGAGCAGGUGGGUAGAGCCUAUGACUUGAGGCCUGCUGCCAUGUCCGGUGGAUAUGCAGCUCCGGAGGCCGAGGAUGGCCCCAUGGAGGAACUGGCGGAGCUGCAGGUGAAGGAAGAAGCGCGACUGGAGAAGCUCUUCGCGGAGCAGCGGGCAGAGCGCGGUCUGGAUGACGACGUGACACUGAAUACCUUCUUUAAGCUCUUCGACAUGUGGAUCCAGCUCUACCGCCUCAACAAAUGCAUGGAGGUCUUGGAGGAGGUGGUCCCCAUUUGCCGCAGCCGGGGCGGCGAUCUCCACGUGAAGGGAGUGCAGGCGCUGGCCUUCACCCUUUGGAAGAAGUCCCAGUUCAAAGAUGCGAUCCUGCUCUUCCACGAGAUCGAGGAUCUGAUCGGCUGCAGCGCGGCGCUCUGCGAAAACAUGGGCCACACCUACAGCUCCAUGGGGAACUACGACGAGGCCUCGAACUACUUCAACAAGGCUUUGCUCUGCCUGGAUGAGGAGGAGAAGAUCGGCAAGAAGACUGGAGAUCGCGCAGGAAUUCUGCUGGGCCUUGGGCUGAUCGAGGAUCGCCUGGGCCGCUUUGAGAAGGCCCUUGCUGCAGUCCGCGAGUCUCAGGCGCUCUUCCGGCAGCGGGCAAACGGCAAGCCAUCAUCUCUGGUGGCAAAGGCGGGCAUGUCCAUCGCCAAGAUCCUCCUGAAGCUGGCGUUGCAGGAGCCCGACAGCAAGAAAAGAGAAGAGAUGGAGGAAGAGGCGGUGGAAAGAGAGCAGGAGAACGUGGCCUUGUUCGAGGUCACCUGUGGUGAUGACAGCCCCCUGACAGCUUCCGCGCUGCGUGGCUUGGGUGAAGCGCUCAAGCGCAGGGGGAAGAUUGGGGAAGCAAUUGAAAGCUUCGCUCGGUCCUACAACCUCGAGGCUCAAAAGGAUGCCUUCGAUUUGCUCGCAGUCAUGGAGGUGCACAACCACCUCUUCGGAGCCCACAUGGACCUGGUGAAAUCUGGCAGCCCUCUGAGCCGAGCCAGCUUCCGGGCCUACCUGCCUACAGUGGACAUCACCCUGAGACGGGUCAGGAACAUGCCGCAGGAUGCCAACGCGGGUGCAUACUACAAGGGCUCCCAGGGUCCAGAUGUGGGAAGUGCUCGCCUCAGCCGUCAAAGGGAUCAAGUAGGAGCCAUGGUCUGCUCUAGGCGGCGUGCUGGCUAUCCAGCCUUGGCCGGAGCCCUUCUCCUAUUUGCAUGGCAGCUGCCAUCCGGAAACUGGGUUCAGGGUAUUUCACCCGCGAGAUCAGUCCGAGUCGCGAGAUCGGCCGAGGACUUCGACUCCGUGGACUCCGGUGAGUUCGACUUCGGUGAGUAUGAUGCGCCCAUGGGCGUGUCUGUCAUGGAGGCAGAGGAGGAGGAGAAAGCUGAGCUCGCUCCCCCCGAGGCAGAAGUCUUCAUGACCAGAGAAACUGGUCGCUGGGAGUGCCAAAACUGUGGCUAUGAGUACAAUCCCCUCUUCGGCGAGGGCAGCUAUGGUCCUGGGACAAAGUUCGAGGACAUUGGCGAGGAAUUCCGCUGCCCGCAGUGCCAAGCGGAGAAGGAAGAGUUCCAGCCCGUGGUAGAGGAGGUGGCCGGCUUCGCGGAGAACCAGGAGUACGGCGUGGGCUUCAACACCUGGACUUCGGGUCAGAAGGGCUGGGUGAUCUGGGGCUCGCUGGCUGUGGGCGCCGCCCUUCUUCUGAGCGCCUACUCCUGGGAGUAGCCGCUUGCCGCGGCUCGCGAGAGAGCGAUCAUUUGGAAUUUCGGGGGUUUGUGGCUGGAUCCGCUGGAACCGAGAGAAACUUGGUGGCUCAACCAGCCAUCCGGCUCCUUGGCUGUUUUGAUCUUUUUGGAUUUCCAUUCAAC